UCGCUCGAAAGCGCUAAGCCAGGUGAGGAUGUGGGCGAUUUUCAAGGAAAGAAUGUACAGCAGCAAUCCCGCCAUGCGCGCUGUGACUCAUGGGAUCAUUCUCAAGGCCACAGCGAUCACUACUUUCGUGCAGUCACUCGAGUCACUCCAAAGGCGAGCUUCUCUACCGUGAUCAAGGGGCUUGGCGGGCUCCAAAAGCAUUGCCAGAAGCUCAAAUCCGCGGGCUGUGCUCCAAGAUUGGUUGCAAACGAUGAGAAAGCAGCGAUUUCUCCCAGUGGUGUGGAGGAUCCAGAGGCGCUAUAGGGUCUCAGCUCCCACUUUCGAGCACGAAGACACCCGCCACGUAGAAUCGCUGCUCGCCAUCCUGGAGGACAAGGCUAGCGACGUCCAAGCGCUGCUCGAGAGAUCCCACGCCGCAGUGAGCACCAAGCUCUCGAGAGAUACAUUCGGUGGUGUCCUCGGCAGGCUCCGGCGCACUUGCAACGCUCUCGGCUUCUAUCACUGGGCUGCUACGAGGCCGGGCUUCUCGCACACCCUCUUCACUCGCAACUCUCUUCUGCUCGCGCUGGUUCGUGGAGGCCAGCUCUCGGAUGCUCUCGGGUUCUUCCAGAGCAGCAUCUCGGAGCCCAACGUCUCCUCGUUCAACAUACUGCUUAGAGGAUUCGCCGCGAGGGACGACUUCGAGGUGGUGAAUGCUUUGCUCCGGGAGAUGAAAGCCCGCGGGAUAACCAGCAAUGGUGCCACGCACGGGGUCAUUCUCAGCGCUCUCUGUGCUCGACGCGACCUCGACAAGGCGGUAAGCUACUUCAACUCGGUGUCUCCAAAGUCGAGCUUGGAUUCGGUCUCGUAUGGGAUUCUAAUCCGCGGGCUUGCAGCAGCGAAGCGGACCGAGGAGGCUUGCAGGCUCUUCGAGGCGAUUGAAGCUCCGGACUCGGUGACUUACACUGCGAUUGUGGACGGCCUCUUCAAGGCUGGGAACUACGAUGCGGGACUGGAGUACUACGAGAAGAUGGUGGCGAGCAAAUGUGAGCCAACUUUGUUGACUUACACUGUUCUCGUCGAUGGCUUGUGCAAGGCUCACAAGGUGGAGAGAGCCUGCGACGUCUUCGAGGAGAUGAUCCGGAAGGGACACAAGCCGGACAUCAUCGCUUACUCGAGUUUGAUCGACGGGCUGUCCAAGGCCGGGAGAGUGGACGAGGCACGAAAGCUUGUCGACUUGAUGAUCGCCAGGGGUCCUCCGCCGACCGCAGUGGCUUACACCUCGAUCGUCGCUGGGCUUUGCAAGUGUGGGAGGAUUCAAGAGGCUGUAAAGACGAUCCAGGAGAUGAGACGAAGAAGGCUGAGGCCUCGAGUGGACACUUACAGUUUCAUCGUCACUGGCUACAUCGGCAUGGGAAAGGUGGAGGAGGCUUUCGCGGUGAUGGAGGAGAUGGCGGACAGAGACUGUGCUCCCGACACCAUCUCCUACACGAUGUUCAUCGAAGCUCUCUACAGCAUCGGCAGGAGGGAGGAAGCCGAGAAGGUUUUCGAGACGAUGGUGGAGAAAGGCUGCAAGCCCGACAUGCACACUUACGGGAUCAUCAUCGACAAUUUCUGCAAGGAGGGAUCCAUGGCAGCGGCGACUCACGUCCUCCGGCUCAUGGACAAGGCGGCAGUGAAGCCCAACAGGUACAUUUACACGAUGAUCAUGGACGGCUUCGUCAAGUCCAGCAGGCUCGAAGAAGCCCUCGAGCUCUACCAGAGGAUCCUCAAGGACGGUAUUCUUCCCAGCACUGUGACUUACAACACCGUGAUCAACGCGCUGUGCAAGCUGAAGAAGAUGGACGAGGCCCUGGAGCUCCUGCGUGAGAUGCAGCGGAGAAAGGAAGAACUGGAGCCGAGCAUCGUGACUUACAGCAUGAUCAUUCACGGGCUGGGGAAGGUGGGCAUGGAGGAGCGAGCAUUCGAUCUCCUGGCCGAGAUGAUAGACAAUGGAGUGAUUCCGGACUGCUUCACGUACACCAGCUUGAUCCAGACUCUGGCUGGCGCCGGGAAAGUUUCGAGAGCGAUGGAGCUGCUGGAGGAGAUGCUGAAAGCAGGGAUUUUUCCAGAUGAUCACACUUAUGGAACUCUUGUGCAGAUUUUGUGCCGCUCGGAUGUGGAUGCUGCAUGGGAUUUGCUGCAAGAGAUGAUGCGGAAUGGCCACACGCCGAACGAAUUCACGUUCAAGGCGGUGGAGAAGGGCUUUCGUCUCCAGUUUGACCGCUUAAGUUUAUAGUAGUAACUAAAAGAAUUAUAUUGCUUUGCAGCAAUCCUUUGUAUAGAAAAAUAAAAAUUAACUUUUUUUAAGCAAA